AUGCCUGUUAAGAAAAGUAAAGGAAAAGCUAAGAAGAUCAAGAACAGUCUCACUAGACAUGGCAAUGGUCAUGAUCACGAUGUUGAAGAAGAAGAAGAUGAGUAUGACGAGCAAGACCCAGAAGAGCACGGAGCACCAGUGUAUGAAUCCUCUGCCGUAAGAGGUGGUGUAACGGGUAAACCUGAGUCUUUAAGUCAUACCGGAGAAACUAAUGUUCCAGCACCGGAGGAGAUUGUUCCUCCAGGAACAAAGGUUUUUCCUGUCGUGUCUUCCGAGCACACCAAACCCAUUGAGCCUGUUUCAUUACAAGAUACCUCUUACGGACAUGAGGCACUGUCUGCUCCUGGAGGAGGUUCGGAUUAUCUUAGUGGUGUAUCUAAUUAUCAGUCCAAAGUUACUGAUCCCACGCAUAAAGGUGGAGAAGCUGGAGUACCAGAGAUUGCUGAGUCUCUUAGUCGGAUGAAAGUGACUGAUGAGUCUCCUGAUCAGAAAUCAAGACAAGGAUUUGGAGAAGACUUACCGACGAGAAGCCAAGAAUUUGGUCUGAAGAACGAAUCUGAUAUCAGCAAGGAUUCUCCGGCAAGACUUGGAGGAGAAUCAAGAGCUGGUCUCGGGGAAGAUUUUCAGAGAAGAAGUGAUGAUGUGAAAGCAGAGACUGGGUUGGGAAGAGACUUACCGACCGGAACUCAUGAUCAGUUCUCACCGGAACUAUCUCGUCCUAAAGAGAGAGAUGAUUUUGAGGAAACCAGAGAUGAGACGAAACAGGAGAGGAAACCGAGCACCUACACAGAGCAGUUAGCUUCAGCUACAUCAGCCAUAACCAACAAAGCUAUAGCGGCGAAGAACGUCGUCGCCUCAAAGCUAGGUUACGGAGAAAGCGGCGGCGGGCAAUACGAAA